AUGCUUUUCUCCAAAACUACUAUUGCCUUUGUGGCUUUCGUUGCCCAGGGCCUUGCUGCCGCCACGCCCAAGCUUGACAACCUCAACUAUCCUGGCAACAGCACUGCCCCUGCCACUACAUGCAGCGCUGUUCGCUCUACCUGCCAGGCUCAGGGCGACGCCAACCAGUCCCAGUGCGCCUCGCUGGCCGCUGGGUGCUGCAACGCCGCCGAUACCGUGUGCCGCACCUCCGCCGGCGCCAAUAUGGCCACCUGCUCUGCCGAGAAGGCCGCCUGCUACGCCGGCGCCAACCUGCCCGACCCCUACGCCAAGCGCGAGGUCGCCGUGACCGUGUGCGAGACCACCCGCAGCACGUGCAUGGCCACCGUUGGCACCUCCGACCCGACCCUGUGCAACACCCUGGUUGCUACCUGCUGCGACAACGAGCGCGACACUUGCGCCAACAGGCCUGGUGUGGACACGGCUAUCUGCGCUGCUGAGCACGCGGUCUGCUAUGCUUAUUUCAGCCUGCCUAUCCCUGUCUAA